AUGCGCGUAUUAAUUGUAUUGUGUUUGAUUGCAUAUUGCUCUGCUUCUCACCAAGGAUAUGAUUAUGCCAGCCAAACAAAUACCGCCAGUUCUGGCUUGUAUGGAGCACAACCAUUGAUUACAAAACGGUUCUUCAUCCAUUCGGCCGCUGAAGAAGAGGGUGUCGAUGUUCAACAUCAUGACGUUGCCGUUGGUACGCCACGCAAAAAUUACAAUGUAGUUUUCGUUAAAGCCCCUGCCGAAAAACAACACAAGAUAAAGGUCCGUGUCACCCCAGCCGUUAAUGAAGAAAAGACUGCCGUCUAUGUUUUGUCGAAGAAAGCAGAUGCUCCCAUUGUGGAAACGUUUGUUCAAGAAACCGCAACUACGACCAGCAAACCUGAGAUUGCUUUCAUUAAAUAUCGCACCAAUGAAGAAGCUGAACAUGCCCAACAUCACAUUCAAGCUGAAUACGAUCGUUUAGGUGGCACCACUAGUGUUUCUGACGAAGGUGUUUCUGCUGUUAAAUCGGUUAUUGGUAUCUUAGAUAGCCUUCAGCAAGGAGCUGGUUCUUCAGCCUACUUGCCACCACAACAUUGA